GCGGGCUUGUGACGGGUUUCAUGCGAGCUGAAGACGGAAUAAUUGUUUUGCUGUUUAAUAUGGUUUAUUAGAGGGCGAAGGAGGAUGUAUGCGUCCGUGGAGCUGACGUGACGGAGAAGAAUGGUGUUGUGUGUGUGUGAGGAACAUCAUCCUUUCUGCUGAUACAAACACACAAACUGACGGCUUUCACGUCCACGACGGCCGACGGAAGCCAUGGCGACACAAAACGACUGCUGUGUGAAAGUCUCCUUGAGGAUUCGUCCUCAGAUGGCGAAGGAGAAGAUCGAGGGCUGCCACAUCUGCACCUCCGUAACCCCUGGAGAGCCCCAGGUGCUGCUGGGUAAGGACAAGGCCUUCACAUAUGACUUUGUGUUUGACAUGGACGUCCAGCAGCAGUCAAUCUACAGCGCCUGUGUCCACAAGCUUAUUGAAGGUUGCUUUGAGGGAUACAACGCUACAGUAUUCGCCUACGGGCAGACUGGUUCGGGUAAGACUUACACCAUGGGCACAGGCUUCGACGUCAACGUGAGCGAGGAGGAGCAGGGAAUCAUCCCACGUGCUGUGCGUCAACUCUUCCAGGGCAUUCAGAGGCGGCAAUUGGAGGCUCAGGAGAGCGGCACACAGCCACCAGAGUUUAAAGUCAGCGCCCAGUUUCUGGAGCUCUAUAACGAGGAAAUCCUGGACCUGUUUGACGGUGCACGUGAUCCUAGCAGGAAGUCCAACAUUAAGAUCCAUGAGGACAGCACCGGAGGCAUCUACACUUCGGGAGUGACGUCACGCCUGGUCAGCUCUGAGGAAGAGCUCCUCCAGUGUUUAAAACUCGGUGCUCUGUCCCGCACCACCGCCAGCACUCAGAUGAACGCCCAGAGCUCCCGUUCUCACGCCAUCUUCACCAUCCACCUGUGCCAGAUGAGAAUGUGUCCUCAGACCCAGAUGGCCAACGGGUCUGCGAGUGCUGAAGUGAAUGGUGUAGACGAGAGUUCGAUGUCCCAGGCCGAGUACGAAACCCUCACUGCAAAAUUUCACUUUGUGGAUCUGGCCGGGUCGGAACGGCUGAAGCGCACAGGAGCCACGGGAGAGCGGGCACGAGAGGGCAUUUCCAUUAACUGCGGCCUGUUGGCGCUGGGUAAUGUGAUUAGUGCGCUAGGAGAUCAGAGUAAGAAGGCGGGUCAUGUGCCUUACAGAGACUCCAAGCUCACUCGCUUGCUGCAGGAUUCGCUUGGCGGUAACAGUCUGACAGUGAUGAUCGCCUGCGUCAGCCCCUCUGACCGUGACUUCAUGGAGACACUAAACACACUGAAGUACGCUAACAGGGCACGCAACAUCAAAAACAAGGUGGUGGUGAACCAGGACAAGACCAGCCAACAAAUCAGCGCACUGCGGGCCGAGAUCGCCCGUCUGCAGAUGGAGCUCAUGGAGUAUAAAGCGGGGAAGCGUGUGGCCGGGGAGGACGGCUCAGAAGGCUUCAGCGACCUGUUCCAGGAAAACUCCAUGCUGCAGAGGGAAAACGACAACCUGCGCAUGCGUGUGAAAGCCAUGCAGGAGACUAUCGACCGUCUUAACACCCGAGUCACUCAACUACUGACCAAUGAGAUUAACCUGCUGCUCACUAAGACAGGGGAAACUAACGAGGAGAUUGGGAAUCUGAUCCAAAACUACAUCCGGGAGAUCGAAGAGCUCAGGUCUAAGUUGUUGGAGAGCGAGGCGAUGAACGAGUCUUUGAGACGCAGUGUCUCUCGUCUCUCAUCCCGUUCUCCUUACCCUGCAUCUCACACACCUGCUCCCGGACACCCUCUGGGUUCCUCCCCGUCCAUUUCCAUGGAGGCCGAGAUGACGGACGUGCUUCGUCGUGCCAAGUUAGACAUUGAGAGGCUGAAGAAGAAAGAGAGGAAUCAAAGGCGUAAGAGUCCAGAACGGGAGAAGGGCUUGAAGAAGAGAGCAAAGCUCCAGGCUCAGGAGAAUGGCCAGAGCUGUGAGAGCAGAGAGAACGGAGACGGCGACUCGGAUAACGAGCCUGAAGUGGAGGGUAUGUACACGCUGCCUGAAGAGGAGAGCGGCUGUGAGGAAGAUGAAGAGGAUGAGGAAGAGGAGAUCAGAGAGGAGGAAGAAUUUGACAGUGACGAGAGCCUGGUAGAUUCAGACUCGGACUCUGAUGAAAAAGCAAACCUCCAAGCCGACCUCGCAGACCUGACCUGUGAGAUCGAGAUCAAGCAGAAGCUAAUAGACGAAUUGGAAAACAGCCAGCGGCGUCUGCUGACACUAAAACUUCAGUAUGAGGAGAAGCUCAUCCUGCUGCAGAACAAGAUCCGUGAUACACAGCUAGAGAGAGACCGCGUGCUGCAGAAUCUCAUGUCCAUGGAGAACUACACAGAGGAGAAAGCCAACAGGAUCAAAGCGGAGUACGAGAAGCGUCUGAAGGAGAUGAACAGGGAUCUGAUGAAGCUCCAGGCGGCACAGAAGGAGCACGCUCGCCUGCUGAAGAACCAGGGCCGAUACGAGAGAGAGCUCAAGAAGCUGCAGGCUGAAGUGGCUGAGAUGAAGAAAGCCAAGGUCGCUUUAAUGAAGCAGAUGAAAGAGGAGCAGCAGAGGAGAAGGAUGAUUGAAGCCAAGAGGAACCGAGAGAUCGCCCAGCUCAAAAAGGAACAGCGACGACAAGAGUAUCAGAUCCGUGCUCUUGAGUCGCAGAAGCGGCAGCAGGAGAUCGUCCUCAGGAGGAAGACUCAGGAGGUGACGGCUCUGCGUCGACUGGCUAAACCCAUGUCGGAGCGCGUGGCAGGCCGCGCCUCUCGUCGUCCACCCAGCCUGGACUCUGGAGCCGAGCUCUCAGCCAGCACCACCACCUCCACCACCACGUCGUCAGAACCCGAGUCUAGCCGUUCGGUCUCCAGCAUCGUCCGCCAGUGGAACAACAAGCUGAAUGGCUACCUGGGAGAGAGCGAGGGAUCUGGGGGAGGAUUGUCCCGGCUGGCCAAUGGCAGGAAGAAGUUACAGAGGAAGGGUGUGAGCAGCAGCUUCUCGAAGGCGGCGAGGCAAAAAUGGCAGGCUCUGGAGAGGAGGGUCAUGGACAUAGUGAUGCAGAGGAUGACCAUUGCCAAUGUGGAGGCUGACAUGGACCGCCUCAUAAAGAAACGGGAGGAGUUGUCCAUGCAGCAGGAGGCACUGUUGCGUAAGCGAGAGAAGCUCCUGAGCGAGGGGCCUAGAGAGGAGGAGGACGAACGAGUCGUACAGGAGAUGAAUGAAGAAAUCGAGGUGCUCAAUGCCAACGUUGACUACAUCAACGACAGCUUGUCUGACUGCCAGGCCACAAUUGUACAGAUUGAAGAGACCAAGGAUGAGUUGGACUCAGUGGAAAUGUCGGUGGUCAUCAGUUCCUGUUCCCUGACUGAAGCGCGUCACCUUCUGGACCAUUUCCUAAAGGCCUCCAUCGAUAAAAAUUUACAGGUGGCCCAGAAAGAAGCCCAGAUCAGGCUGUUAGAGGGACAGCUGCGACAGACAGACAUGAUUGGCUCCUCCCAUAAUCACAUGAUCCUGGACGCUUUGAGAGAGAAGGCAGAGUGUAUCCCAGAGUUACAGGCUCUCAUUCACAACGUCCAACAGGAAAACGGCUACGCUAGCACGGACGAGGAGGUGUCCGAGUUUAGCCAGGCCUCAGAAACAAGUUACUCUCAAAUGAAAUCUUCAGCCAGUCAGGAUGACUUCAAGAUCAAGUCUGAGCCUCGCAUCGCAGGUCAGAUGAAGGCGGUGUCAGCCGAAUACUUGGGUCCCGUCCUAGACACCACCACCAAGAACAUCACCAAGUCUCUGGCCUCUCUGUCCGAGAUUCAGGAGAACGGCUUGGGCAUCAUUCUGCGCGAGACCUACUCCAGAGAAAGCAUAUCCCGCACUAUAAACCUUCCGGUCCGAGGACACACAUUUCCCAGGCAGUCCAGAUGCUCAGACGCUUCUCCGUUCACCAGGCGGCCAUCAUACGAUAGAAGUCAAUCAUACAGACCUCCUGAGACCAUCUACACCCCCCCCUCGUCCCCUCCCCUCCGUACCCGUAACGACCGCAAUGUUUUCUCCCGCCUUACAAGCAACCAGAGCCAGGGCUCUGCGCUGGACAAGGGUGUGAUCAGUCCAAUGGCAGGGCUGAAGGGGGGCAGAACAGCUCCUUUGCAGUGUGUGGCUGUGGCUGAAGGACACUCCAAACCUGUGCUCUGCCUUGACGCUACAGAUGAGCUGCUUUUUACCGGAUCCAAAGACCGCACGUGCAAGAUGUGGAACCUGGUGACUGGGCAGGAGAUAGUGACACUGCGGGGACAUCCCAACAACGUGGUGUCCGUCAAAUACUGCAGCAGCUCCGGCUUGGUCUUUACUGUCUCCACAUCCUUCAUCAAAGUGUGGGACAUCCGGGAUUCUGCCAAGUGUGUGCGCACCUUCACAUCCUCAGGUCAGGUGGUUUCAGGAGAUGCCUGUGCUGGCACCACCACCCGCACUAUCACCACGGCCCAGGGCGAAUACCAGAUCAACCAAAUCUCUCUAAACCCUUCCGGCUCUGUGCUCUACGCUGCAGCAGGGAACACGGUCCGAACCUGGGACCUCAACAGAAUGCAGGCCUCGGGGAAGCUGACAGGCCACAUCGGCUCAGUCAUGUGUCUAACAGUGGGAUACUCCGGUGGAGGCAAAGACCAGGUCAUCACCGGCUCUAAGGAUCAUUAUGUGAAGGUAUUUGAUGUUGCGGAAGGCAUGCAGGGGAACAUCGGUCCCGCGCACAACUUUGAGCCGCCACACUACGACGGCAUCGAGUGCCUGGCCGUGCACGGCGACGUGCUGUUCAGCGGUUCCCGUGACAACGGUAUUAAGAAGUGGGAUUUGGAGCAGCAGGAACUGAUUCAGCAAAUCCCUAACGCCCACAAGGACUGGGUGUGUGCGCUGGCCUACGUGCCCGGGCGACCCAUGCUGCUGAGUGCCUGCAGGGCGGGAAUGCUGAAGGUCUGGAACGUGGACAACUUUACACCCAUCGGAGAAAUCAAGGGUCAUGACAGCCCCAUCAAUGCUAUCUGCACCAACUCCAAACAGAUCUUUACUGCCUCCAGUGAUUGUCGGGUGAAGUUGUGGAGUUAUGUUCCUGGUCUCACUCCCUGCCUGCCGCGUCGUGUUCUGGCCAUCAAAGGCAGAGCCACCAGCCUUCCCUGAGCUCCACUAACACCCUCCGCCUCUGCUCUCUGUGACAGGACUGUGAAGAUCUGGAACCUGAGGAUCGCAAAGAGGAGGUGACAGCUUGACGGUGUAAACUAUGGUGUACCUACCUUUAGUCGGGCUGAUGCCCACAAGGUGACUCGGCUUGUCCUGAGAAUUCAGAGGUCAGAGGUCUCAGUCUGGAGCUCCAGCGCAACAUGAAGGUCUCGUAAUAGAAGAAUGUUCACGAGGAGGUGGAGGCAAUAGUGAACCUCAAGGUGCCACAGCGUUGGUAUUUUUGACCGCACACCAAAUAAUGAGAUGAGCGUGUGUCUACUUUCUGUGCACACGUUUACUGAAAGUGUCCUUCCGUGCCAAUUUGUUUUUUGAAGAGAAAAAAAAGCGUCAUUUUAGAUGUAGCUGCUGUCCAUUUUUGUUUAUUUAUUAUUUCAAGGAAAUAAAACAGGCCGAUAUGGAGGCCUUGGGAAAUCACUUUUGAGCCAAAUGGUGGGGGGGGAAAGCACUUUUCAGUUUCCACCCCCCCGGAGACGCAUAUGUUUCUGUGUUUUGAUUGACUGAAUAUCAGCCUUUAUCAUAGCAAGCGAUCUACUGGAAGCAAGAAGGAGAUUGAUUCUUCUGUUACCAUCUGGUGGAGGUUCUCUGGAGAGUCUGGAUACAACCGGAGCUUGUUCCAAGACGUGACUGUGUAAUAGUGCUGGCACACUCAGUAAAUGCCCCAUCGCCUUCCUCUGAUAAAAAUCUUAACGGACUCUUAAUCCCUCAUCAUCUUGAACACGCUCAACACAACUUUGUACAGAUUCCUCUUCUUUUUAAACAAGUGUCUCCUUGUCUGCUGUGAUGUUUCCAUGUUCUACCUCAGGUUUAAAUGUGUUUUUUGGGUCUGAAGCCCUGUCAGCUAUUUGCAUUUGGAGCUCUAACCCAUGUCUAUCUCCCAGUCUUCUUAUUACUGGUCUGUGAAUAUAGUGCUCUCUGAGCUCUGUGAACAACCUUAUCCACACUCUGCUGAAUAGACACUUUUCAAGACUGGCUUCAAUAAGCUCGGGGCCAGCAGCAGCCCGGAGUGUGCAAUAAAACCGACAGUUCGCUCUAAUGAAGGCUCUAGUGCUUAAGCAGGCAGAAUUAGUGGGUUUAGAAGGAGCUAAUCUCUUGCUGAGAGUCAGUUCUUGAUCAGUUUGGUUCAGGCCAGACCAACUGAGGGGGUUUGGACUGUUCUUAACGCUAAAAAUGCCGCAUAGACUCACCAUGGUAUCACAGUGAUACUGGGCUGUUUGACAUAAUGUAUUUUUCAGUCUCCAUGUCUGUGAAAAUAUUACACAGCUUUGUAGUGGAUGGAGCUGUAGUGGAUGGGCUCUGUUUAGCUCACUGGUAAGGAAAUGCAGUAUUAGGGGAUUACAUGGAUUAUUUAAUAUUUAAUAGGAUAGGAAUUAGCAGCAACUUUUCAAAAGCGACUGCUUGUUAGAUGGUUGACAAUAACCCGGUUAGUUCACAGAACAUGUGAACAGUCUCACUGGGAUGUUUUCUAUAAUAAAAACAAUAUAUAAAUAUUUACAUACUCAGAAACAGUGGAUCUCCAAGUGGUUUCUCCAGAGAUCUGUUAAGAAAUGUAAACUGAGUGAGUCUAGUCCAGACCUCAGUAACCUACAAAAUAAUGUUGAGUUCCUGAGUGAAACUUAGGAAAGAAAGAUCUCUAUGGUGACAAUAAAUAGGGAGAAUAUCGUAAAUACAAAUUUACACAAUAAAGCUAAUCUUUGAAUAGUCGAAUGAUGUACAUCAAAUAAAUCAGAACUGAGCACAUCCACAGGAUUUAUUUUUAAAGGUAAAGGGGUUUCUGCCUGCAAAAACAUUGAUAACCCCUGAUCUACAAUCCCACAGUCCUACUUCUCCCCAAAACCUGAGAAAUAUAAAGCAUAAUCCAAACACUGGCAGAACAUCAAAUACUUCUUAAAGCCCUUUGGGCCAGACACAAGUGGUGACUACAUCUGGAUUUAUCUCAUAGGAUCCAUCCCAAUUUUCUUUUUCCACUGCUUCUCUUUAAAAUAUGCAGAGAGCAGUGUUGAGAAGUAGGUCGGCUUCAGAGCCGUGUUUGUUUCUGCUCACCUUUUUUCCAGAGAAAAUAAAACCCAACAUAAUAUAAAACGGUUGCUGUUUAUUAAAUGAAACAGGAAACUGGUCCACUGGUGCCAGAGGAGCUGACACGCCUGAUGGGGGUAUGUGGGCGAUGGCAGGUUUCAUCUUGGCACAACACUGGUAUGCACUGAGUAUUUUUAGAGCAUCAAUCAUCAUCUUCCAGGGCUGCACUCUUCUCCCAGCCCCCAGAUUUACUGUCUUUUUUAAUGAAACAUAUUUAUCACCCUAAUCUUUUCUGGGCGGCCCCUGGCGCAUCUAUAUCUGUAGUAGCAGCUGUCGGUGGGUGCUCUGCUGUCAGGCCCAAGCUCUGAUUUCCAGCUGAGAGGGAUGGGUUCGUUGUGUUAAAAGCCCCGCAGCACAGAUGAGGCACAUCGAGCUGUGUUUAAGGAGCCGAUGUCCCAUUAAAACUGUUAAAUCCCCCAGUUUUUCUGUAUAUUUCUGUAUAUUUAAUACGAUAAUGUUCACGCAAGGAAUAGAUGAUUUUGUCUUAAUGAUGCCAUCGCAAUAUUAUGUGAAUAUCACUGUUUUCUAAUAAAAAUGUCACGCUGCUGUUCAACUCAGUGUUUAGCAUAAGACUAUAGUAGAUUUUAUACCACAGCGCUGUUGAGUGCUUGAUUCUGAUUGGUUGCUUGAUUUUUUUUUUUUCUAACAGAAACUCUGACUGUAGUUCCGGCUACGAGUUUUUUUUUUUUUUUUUUUUUAAAUACGCUCGUUCUUGUUGCUAUAACAACGACCUACACUGAGACCUAUGGAAGGAGUCUUCAGUGUCAGUGCUUUAUAACAAUCAGAGAAAAAGCGUACACAGGACGGGGGACUUUGCACUUUGUAAUUAGAGAAGCUGAGAGAGGAUUUUCAAGAGAUUUUGGGGAGAGAAAGCAAUAGAGACUAGUGAUAGAUAGGACAUGGAUGUUAAACAGCAUUGAUCAUGGUAAAUAAACAGUACAUCAUUAUUUAGUAAAAAAAAAAAAACACUGCUAUUGUAUUAGGAUUUAGACACAUCAUUUAGAACACGUUAUUGGAAAAUAUUCAAUUUUUCUGUUUUAUUCCUCACAUAAUAAUUCAUCACCAGCCAAUACGAAAAUCUAAAUGUUUGUGAUUCAUUCUAGAAAUAGUGUACAAAAGUAUUGGCACUCUCUCUCAACCCUCAUCAUGUUUUUGUGCUUUACAUUAUUCAAAGUUUGUAGAUACUGGAAUCGCUUUUUACCCCGUCCACAUCACAAACACGCUCAACAAAAAUCUCUGUUUUGAAUUUGUUUUUUUUCCUGUAGUUUUGAUCCAAAUACAUUUGUUUUUCCUGUCAUGGAACCCUGUGAAAAAUGGUACUUGUAGAAAAAAACCCAAGUGAUUUGCGGAACUGUGACAGAUCAUUAAAGUUGUUGCCAAAGCCUUUGAACUGUGAUCACUUCAGUGCAUCAUUCUCUACAUUUCUGUUUAUUUUAUCAUCUUCUGUUUUGUAUCAUCCAACCUUUUCCCUUCUUUUUAAUGCUGUUGUUAAACUAAUAAGUCAUCUACAGUCAGUAAAAAUCUUUUUUUCCUCCUUUUUCAAACAGUGGCCCCUCAUUAGUGAGCUGAAGAGACUGGAUGACUGGAUACAGUCAUUUCAUUUUAGAAAUGAAGGCAUUGCAGUUUUUCCUUUGAAACCGUAUUAUCCGUUUCCUAUUUUUUACUGUUGAAUGUUGACUGUGAAAUAAGCAGGAAGGAAGCUUUAUUUGGCUAGUGCUCAAAGACUGUGAAAUGGAGGGAUAUCACCUCUUAGUGUGUGUUGAAUGAAAUGUGGAUUUAAUGGCUUCCACUUCACGCCAUGGAUAUAACCACAAUACGGUACACUCGUCGGCUAGUGUGUGAUGACGAACAACGCUCCUGAAUUUGCUCUCAUAGUCGUGCAGUUUUUUUGGUGCUCGACACAAACACAACCAUCGCAACACAGUGUAAAAAAAAAAAAAAUAAUUUUUUUGUGGCUUUUGUUUCAUACAAACUUGUGUUUUUGCAUGGCCUGAACAACUGUACACAAUUAACACCGCACUGUUUUCUGCAUAUGGGAGGAUGUCGGUGCCUGACUAUAGGUAUCUACAAUCAUCUGUGCACUAACCUGGUGCUGCUGCUACUGCUGUCUUAUUUGUCAAGGUGUUUGAUGCAGAUGGUGUGGUGCGAGUAGCCUCUCUUUGCCUUACGCUCCAACUCUCUGUUUCAGAGCCUUCACCGCCUUAGACUGAUCCUAAGCACUGCCUUUUAAAAAGCUCAGCGAUGAUUUUAACCUUUAGAUGCAUCUGUCAAUCAUUAACAACAGAUUUUGAAAAUAUUUGCCAUAUUAUUUUUUGCAAGAAGAUCUUCCUUUUCAUUUUGUAUGGAAAUCAUUUCAUACCUUUUAUUGAGUUCUGGGAAAGGACUAAAGAUUGGAUGCCAGUAUUUAAAAAAAUAAUUAUAUAUCACUAAAAGCAAUCAGGAUGUACACCAGUGUAUGUCAGAUUUGGCAGGUGAAGGCACAUGCAGAGAGCAGGUACAUCACACAGCGGCAAAAACAACAGGGUCAAAGGUGCCUUUUUAUUGCACAGACUCCUCCCAAGGACUGGAAAUGUUUCUACAGUGGUGUUUGUCUGUUUUCUUACAUGUGCAUAUAGGUGUAAAAUACUUGUUUGUAAAUAUUGUAUUAAUUUUUUAUUUAAGGUUUGAUCAAGCAUUGCCACACAAAAUAAUAAAAAUAGUAUCGUAA